GUGUAUUAUCCAGACAUCCUGGACUUGUUUGGUACAGCACUUGGUCCCGUGAUGUGAUGAACACCACUGAUUCCCUUUCUCUUCAGUGGAGUUGAAAGCGUUUGCCCUUUGCCAGGAUUGCACUUGAAUCUAUGAAGCUCUUUGGAUGUUGCAGUUUGCAGUACAGCCUUGCCUAAGUUUUUGGCCCCUGGCAACAGUGGUGGAACCCACAGCCCUGUGUGCAGUGCUCUGGCCUGGCAGGAGCUGAGCAGGCAUGAAAGGGUCUAAAGCACACAAAUCAGAAGCUGUCUCAUUGGAGGACCCAAAUGAUAUCGACCCCAAAAGGAAAGACGUGCGUGGCAAUGAUGGGGAGGACAAAGCACAAAGUGUGGAGACGCUACCUCCAGGAAAAGUUCGGUGGCAGGACUUUGAUCAAGAUGCUUAUGUUGGCGCUACCAUGGUGCGAUCUGGUCAGGAUCCAUACGCCCGCAAUAAGUUCAAUCAGGUAGAAAGUGACAAGCUGCGAAUGGAUCGAAGCAUUCCUGACACUAGGCAUGAUCAGUGUCAACGGAAACAAUGGCGGGUAGAUUUGCCAGCCACUAGUGUGGUGAUCACCUUUCAUAAUGAGGCAAGGUCUGCUUUGCUUCGAACUGUUGUCAGUGUCCUUAAAAAGAGCCCAUCACAUCUUAUUAAGGAAAUCAUACUGGUGGAUGACUACAGUAAUGAUUCUGAGGAUGGUGCUCUCUUGGGAAAAAUUGAAAAAGUGCGGGUUCUUCGAAAUGAUCGCCGAGAAGGCUUGAUGCGCUCCCGUGUCAGAGGGGCAGACGCAGCACAAGCAAAAGUGCUGACCUUCCUGGAUAGUCACUGUGAAUGCAAUGAACACUGGCUGGAACCACUUUUGGAAAGAGUAGCUGAGGACAAGACCAGAGUUGUGUCUCCUAUUAUUGAUGUAAUUAAUAUGGACAACUUCCAGUACGUGGGGGCGUCAGCUGAUUUAAAAGGCGGCUUUGAUUGGAACCUGGUGUUCAAGUGGGAUUACAUGACACCAGAGCAGAGAAGAGCACGGCAAGGAAAUCCAGUUGCUCCCAUAAAGACACCCAUGAUAGCUGGUGGGUUAUUUGUGAUGGACAAAUCCUAUUUUGAAGAACUGGGAAAGUAUGACAUGAUGAUGGAUGUUUGGGGUGGAGAAAACUUAGAGAUCUCAUUCAGAGUUUGGCAAUGUGGUGGGAGCCUAGAAAUCAUCCCUUGCAGCAGAGUGGGUCACGUAUUCCGCAAACAGCAUCCUUACACGUUUCCCGGUGGGAGUGGUACCGUAUUUGCAAGAAAUACACGCAGGGCAGCAGAAGUCUGGAUGGAUGAGUAUAAAAAUUUCUAUUACGCAGCAGUGCCUUCAGCCAGGAAUGUACCUUAUGGCAAUAUUCAAAGCCGAAUGGAACUCAGAAAGAGACUUAGCUGCAAACCCUUCAAGUGGUAUCUUGAAAAUGUUUAUCCUGAGUUACGGGUACCUGAUCAUCAAGAUAUAGCUUUUGGAGCUUUGCAACAGGGUACCAAUUGCCUUGACACUUUGGGCCAUUUUGCAGAUGGUGUUGUUGGAGUUUAUGAAUGUCACAAUGCUGGGGGAAACCAGGAAUGGGCCUUAACAAAGGACAAGUCGGUGAAACACAUGGAUUUGUGCCUUACUGUUGUGGACAGAGCACCUGGUUCGCUAAUUAAACUUCAGGGUUGUAGGGAAAAUGACAGCAGACAGAAAUGGGAACAAAUUGAAAGCAAUUCUAAACUGAGGCACGUUGGCAGCAACCUCUGUCUAGACAGCCGAAAUGCCAAAAAUGGUGGUCUCACCGUCGAGAUCUGCAGUCCUUCUUUGUCACAACAGUGGAAAUUCACACUUAAUCUGCAGCAGUAGAAGGACUCGCAAGCAAAACGCUGUUUCGAUUCAUAGACGUUGGGCAAAGUUUUGAUUGAAUUACUGAUGUAUUUCUUAAAACUUUCCACGGAACUUAUAUACCUCAGUAUUCCACCUUUAUCUGAAAGUAGGAGAGUGCUGAAGCAGACACCAGGGAUCCAGGGGACUUGGAGCACUGCAAAGAUGUCACUGAACAUGGCUGUGGCACAAUUCCUUCUUGGUGUGAAGACUUCAAUGGUUCCUUUCUGUCUUCAGUUAUGUACUUGCACAGCAGAUAACUAAGUCUAGGAACAACUGAUGUAUGAUAAAAAAAAAAAGGAUCUGAAGAAACACCUGUGGGGAACA